UUUAGUUUUUAAGUCUUACGAGGUGUAGUUACCUGUUAAAACUACAAGUUAAGUUAGAUACAAGUUUAGUAUUUAGUUUAUUUUCGUAAAAUGAUAGAUGUUACCUCUCAAAAUAUUUUACAAGAAGAGGUUAACUUAAGAGAAAAUGUAACACUAUAUACUCCAAGAUCCUUCCACCUGUCCUGCCAAAUUCAUGUUGCCAAAAUCAUGCAAGAAAUAAUACCAGGUGUGUACCUCGGCCCUUUUACUGCCGCUCAAAGAAAUAUCCUUGUUGAAAACGGUAUCAAUUACAUCAUUUGUGUACGACAGGACGUCGAAGCUCAUUACAUCAAGCCCCAAAUAAAUGACCCAACAUUUGCCUAUCUUACCCUUAACAUUGCUGACUGUGUGACAGAAAAUAUCAUAAGAUUUUUCCCAAAAGUUAAACAGUUCAUUGACGAAGCUCUUUCUAAUAAUGCAAAAGUUUUGGUACACAGCAACAAGGGGAAUUCCAGGAGUGCCACUUUAGUUUUAGCCUAUGUUAUGGAGAAGUUUGGAUUAAGCUCAAGUGAGGCUUUACAGUUUGUUAAAGCAAAAAGAGCUACCAUAGACCCAAAUGAAGGCUUUAGAGCUCAAUUGAUAGAAUAUGAGCCCAUUUACAAGGCCCGCCAGAUUCUUGCGAAUGGAGAGGCUUCCCAGGACUGUAGGUCCAAAAGAAAAUGUGAACAGCUGACUGAAACUGUAGAUUAUAAUCUUAUACAAAGGCCCCCCACUCCAGAUUCAGACAAUAAUAGUGAAAUAAGUGUUAGAGUUUAUGAAGACAUCUCAGAUCACCUUUAUAGGCUUCUAAGAAGCAGCUAAGAUGUUUUAAAGUAUUUUUCUGUGUUAAGAAGACUUAAUAACGCAUUUUUCUAUUGAGAUGUAAAAC